GAAGUUCUGGAGCUGCACACACGCGAAUGCAAGUGAACCUAUGGGGAGCUCCGAUGCCAAGAUUUCACACCGCCCUGGCAGCUGCCCAAAGCGUCGAUAAGCGGCACCAAUCAACGAUCGGCACGCCCAAGGUCAGCCAUCACUCUCCACCGCCCGUCGUUCCCCUUCCCUCUUCUAACCUUCAACCCCUCUAUUCACCUGUUUUCUGGCCCCUGCACCCACAUAUAAAUCAAGCAGCCGUCAGCAAUUCCCCCUACAUUGUCUCCUUCACAUUUACCUCAUAUCAUUGCGCUUCUCCACUUUCAUCCAUAUCGACAUCCAGCGGCGCUUUGUCUUGCAUUCGUGGCGGAAUCUGGCGGAGCAAUCACCUUAGAUCUCACGCAUUCGUAUUGCUUCGGGGUUGUUUCUUUGUCAUUUGCUUGAAAGCUUUGCAAACAAUCCAUGUCUACUGAAAGCUCAAGUGAUGCUCUUCUCAAAGAGAUCCUGGAGGGGAUGAGGACGCUGCAGAAGGACCACACCCAGCUUGUAUCUGCCGUUGACACUAUCAACGGGCGUGUAAACAUGUUGGCGGGAGUCAAACAGUUAAAGGAUGGAGCCGCGGGCGGAGGUUCUAAUGGCGUCUCACCCACGGGGAAGGUGAAGGAAGUGGAGUCUGAGAAGACCGUAGAAGCUGUUAGUCAACAGUAUGAUCAACCGCCAGCCAAUGUUGAAACUUCUCCUCGUCGGUCGAGCUCUGCAAAGAUAUCAAAGAUCAUUUUGACCUCGUACCCUGGCCAAGCUGGUGUUGACCCUUUGCCUAUGGAUUGGGGUCAUAUGGAUCCGAACGUGAGAGGUCCAGUUGUGGUGUCGAGGCAUCCUAGUACGAUCCGUCGGCGUAAUGCUAUUGGUGCUCAUGGGGGCUCAUAUUCCAUCUACCAUGCUCUUGCCGUAGCUAGCAAGAACCUCGAUGUCGACCACAAGCCAGACUUCACUAACACCGAACCUGCAGCCAACAUCGGGCCAUUCCCGCAAUGGAGCGACAAGAAGAAGAUUGUGGCUAUGGAUCCGUUGGGCCAUCUUGCUCCCUGGCUAUUCAAGGACACAAUACAGAAAGAAGAUAUCGAAAUCAGGCCAACUAUUGCCGUCACCCGAGCGCACAUGAAACUUCCCGAGUUGGAGACCAGCGUGCAAAAGGGCCGACUCGUACCAGAUGGCAAGAUUUGCGUGAACGAGACUGGAGAGCUUGCUGUGACGAAAGUCGCCGUGGAACCCGUAUGGUACUUACCUGGAGUGGCUGAGAGGUUUGGUAUUGAUGAGGGCACUCUCCGUCGAUCGCUUUUCGAAGAGACCGGAGGCUCGUAUCCAGAACUCAUCACCCGUCACGAUAUCAAACUAUUCCUACCCCCAAUUGGUGGUCUUACUGUCUACAUCUUCGGUGAUCCGGCAAAGAUGGCUGAUCCGAAUGUCCGCCUUGCCCUCCGCGUUCACGAUGAGUGUAACGGCAGCGACGUGUUCGGAUCUGAUAUCUGCACCUGCCGACCAUACCUCAUUUUCGGCGUCGAGGAGGCCGUCAAGGAAGCCCAGAAAGGCGGCAGCGGCGUCGUCAUCUAUUUCCGCAAAGAAGGCCGAGCCCUGGGUGAGGUGACUAAAUACCUCGUAUACAAUGCAAGGAAGAGAGGGGAUGACAGGGCCAGCGAGUAUUUCAAACGCACGGAGAAUAUUGCUGGAGUCAAGGACAUGCGAUUCCAAGCCCUAAUGCCGGAUAUUCUUCAUUGGCUAGGUAUUACCAAGAUUGACCGGAUGCUCUCUAUGUCUAACAUGAAGCAUGACGCGAUCGUCGAGCAAGGUAUCCCGAUCCACGAACGCGUCCCGAUUCCAGAAGAGAUGAUUCCGGAGGAUAGCCGCGUCGAGAUCGACGCCAAAAUCCAUGCCGGCUACUUUACGACAGGCUACGUGCCGACGAUGGAGGAGCUAUCGAACGUGAAAGGCCGUGGCUGGGAGGACAUUGACCAUUGAGCGAUGGUGUUAUUGGGGCGACAGGGCGACGAACGGAGGGAAAAUGGUCAUCUGAGCUCGGUACAGGAAAUUGUUGUUUGCAAUUGGAUGGGCCUCUUCUUUUAAGCAUGAUUUCUGUGCUGUACGCCGUUGCGCGCACCAGUGAACGAGUCGCUGCGAAGCUGCGCUCGGUAAUGCAAAUACAUGGCCUG